AUGGGUACUAUUAUGUUAAUUGUGGCAUACUCUGCUGUGGAAGAGGCUUUUGUACCUGUUAUCAAAAUGGUAUUUGAUGGGAUUGAGAUUGAUUUGACAUUUUCCAGACUAGCCCUGGCUAAAAUCCCUGAAAACCAAGAUCUUGCUGAUGACAACCUACUCAAAAAUUUAGAUCAACGGUGUAUACGUAGUCUCAAUGGUUGUAGAGUAACUGACGAAAUUCUAAAUUUAGUUCCCAAUAAAGAAAGUUUUCGACUUGCUCUCCGGGCUAUUAAAGUGUGGGCCAAAAAGCAUGGUAUAUAUUCCAAUGUACUUGGUUUUUUGGGUGGUGUAUCAUGGGCCAUGCUUGUAGCUAGAACAUGUCAACUUUAUCCAAAUGCAGCAGCCUCCACUAUUGUACAUAAAUUUUUUUUAGUCUUUUCCAGAUGGGAUUGGCCUAGACCAGCACUUUUAAAACAGCCAGGUGAAAAUAAACUCAACAUGCCAGUAUGGGAUCCAAGGGUAAGUUGUAAACUAUCCAAUACUGCUGAGAAACUCAUCAA